UACACCAAGGCGCUGAAUGUGAAAAAGAUCACAAUCCUGUAAAAAUGAAGUGUAUUAUCCCAGGAAACAAUGUCAAAGUUUUUGGACGAGCCAUUCACUGUCUUUCCAAAGUUGGGGAGGAUCUUUACAUGGAACCAUUGGAUACAGGCCUUGCUUUGAGAGCGGUGAACUCUUCUCGGUCAGCUUACUCCUGUUUCCUAUUCAGUCCAAGCUUCUUCCUUCGCUAUGACGACCAGACAGUGACAGCAUCCCAAGCCACUCAGGAUGGUGAAGAGACCACCAGAUGGAGAGUCACAAUGAAGUCCUGUCUAGCUGUCUUCAAAUCACUGUCCAACCUUGAGAAGAAUGUAGACAGAUGUAACAUCAGUCUCGAUACGGAGGAUUGCCGUCUCGUCUUUCAGCUUCAUUGUAGACAUGGUAUUGUUAAGACCUAUAACCUAGUCUAUCAAGAAACAGAGACACUUCAAGCAGUCUUUUCCAAAGAUCUCUGCCCAAAUAGGAUCACUGCUCCAGCCAAAUUGCUUGCGGAGGCAGUAGGAAGCUUUCAAUCAUCCCAAGAAGAAGUCACCAUGACAGUCACUCCUACCCAGCUGGGCUACAAGAACUAUGUUGAUGAUGAACCAGAUCCAACCAAGGUGGUACACUCUGAAUUGCGUCUUGUUCCUGAUGAGUUCACAGAGUAUAUGAUUGGAGUGGAUACAGAAGUCACAUUCUCACUCAGAGAUCUCAGGGCUAUCCUAUCAUUCUCAGAUUCGGCUGGCCUUCCGGUCUCUAUUCACUUUGAAACACCAGGAAAACCUAUUGUAUUCAGCGUGGAGUCUGAGCAGACGUUGGAAGCUACCUUCGUUCUGGCCACCUUGACCGAAGUGUCCAGUAGUCAGCUGACCGGUGCCUCCCAGCAGGCCAGAGCGAGUCAGGCUGCGUCAGUCAGUGCGAAUCCAAGACAGAAGAGUAAGAGCAAUCCGAGGAAAAGAUCAACUGCCGGCCCAGGUCCCAGGAAGAACAAACCAAGCAAUAACGGAGAUGGUAGGAGAACACCUAAUGGACAUACAACAAGAGAUGAAUAUGAAGAUGAAUUCCCAGAUGAUCUGAUGGCUGACUUGUUGAAUAGGAACGAAAGGACAAUGAACCAAGGGAAUAAUACAGCAGCAGGGCCCUCCACAUCAUCAUCCAGGCUAGACCCAGCAGCACCGACCACCUCCAACAAUGACGACACACCAUUCACAGCCAGCCCAGUCAUCCCCUUCAACUCCGCCCUCAGCCACAGGUUCCAGAAGACGGUCACUGAUCAGAGUCGCCAUGACGACCGUCUCCAUCCACCACCACAGCCCGCAGAGGAGGAGGGGGAGGGGGAGAGGCGUGUCAGUCCUAACAGGACCCUGCUGGCUAACUUCAUGGAUGAUGAAGACAGCAGGGGGAGCCUGGGGGAUGUCGAUGGGCCAUCGCUGCUUGGGGAUGAGGGAGGGGGAGGAGGGGAUGACGGGAAGAUCGACGAUGAGGAUGACGAUGACGACGAUGAUGGAUUCAAUUUCAUCCCAGCCACUCCACCCAGCAAGAAGUUCAAAUCAAUGUUCUUUGGUGCAUCGCAGUCACAACAGUCAGGGAGUGGCACCCAGAGGAGUAGACCCCCUCCUUCCCAGCCUCAUAGGGGAGGGGCAGUGACGGUAUUGGCAGAGGAUAGCGAUGAAGACUGAUGAUUUGGAUUCUACUGUCAGCCCUGUCCCUGGGGUGAAGUCUUUCAUGUUAUCUCCACCAUAGGGGAUGGUCUGUAUCGUAGCAAGCAGAGGAUAGUGAAGACUGAUGAUUUGGGAUCUUCUGUUGGCCCAACCGCACACCCCAACUGUCAGCGUUAUCACCACAACAGGGGACAGUCUUUAGUACUAAAGCAGACAGAUGAAGACUGAUUUAAGAUUUAUUAUCAGCUCCAUCCCUAGGGGAAGGUCCGUCAAGUCAUCCCCACGCUAGGGGAAGGUUUGCCAUGGAGCACUACUCUAGUGGGGCAUCUGUUGCAGUACUAGUAGAGGAUCCUAUGACAAGAUGUUGUUAUGGAAACAUAGCUUUAUCCUCAGGGAGUUAACUGUUAAAAUAUUUAAAAGGAAUUGUUUUUUCCUAUCACACACAUCUCUAGCUGUCUCCACAUGAAAUUUGAUUAGCAAUAUUCAAGAGAUGAAUAUGCAACAUAUUAUUCAAACUGCUUGAAGGACCAUCAAGUUUAUUUGUCAAACUUUGAAGCCUGAUGAAAUCAGGGCCCCGUCUUACAAAGAGUUACGAUUGAUCCAAAUCAAUCGUAACUCCUCCAGUCAAUCACAAGCUUGCAGUCUCCUAUCUCUUAUGUACAUAGUUGCGAUCGAUAUCAAUUGCAAAUAAGUAGCGAUUGAUAUCAACUCUUUGUAAGACGGGGCCCAGGUGUAUAGAUCAUAGGGGACUCUAACUUAGGACAGCAGUAAAUUUUCUCUUUCAGAAAAAUCAAUAAUUGUUUUUGAGCUGUGGAUGCCUUUCCUUUGUGAUAGUAAAAUCAUUUUUGAAAUGGGUCCAAUGAGUUUCUUUCAGCAUGGGAUACAAAGAUAUCAGGGCCAUGUCUUGUAAAGUGUUACUGUUGAUCUAAAUCGAUAGUAAGUCUUCCAACCAAACACAAACACAAAUCUCCUACGUUUGUCCACCAUUUUGAUUGAUAUGAAUUGCAGUUGCAGUUGAUUUGUAUUAAUCAAACGUACAUGUAUAUCAAUUGAAUAUAUUUUAAAAAGGGAUAUAUCUAUUAAGAAGUGACCUUUCACUCAUUGGUACAAUGUUUGGCGAUGUUCUAAUAUGACCCAAAGGUGUAUAUAUCGUUCAGAGUAUUUAUAAAUGAUUUUGAAAACCUUAAACAACUGAAGUGUUAUAUAAAGUUAUCUGAGCAGUAGCGAAGCAAUGUG